CCAAGGUCUCCCUGUUUGAAAAAUGUCGCACGUCGUACAAGCUGUCGCGCGGUUUUGAUUUUACCGUUUCGAUAUCGAUUGGUCGAAAGGACGACAAACGUACGACAAACACUCGACAUGCCCGACAUUGUUUUUUCCAUCGAUUUUCCUUCAAUUCGACGUCACGAUUUUCGUCGACGCAAACAGUUUGACAGUUCUCUUCAGCUGGUCUUGUUUGGACUUGAUUGCAACCGAAUCGAACCAGUAAUUGUUGAUGUUGGGCUUCGGAAGGAUUUUGACCGGUUGAUAGAUAUUCAGAAUUCGGUCUUCGUGGCGGUGGAGGAGGAGGACGAGACGCAUGAAUCCGGCGGGCCAGGUCUUCGUGGCGGAAGACGGGACCAGAAGGAACCGAGCUUAUGGAGGAUAUGGUUCAUUCCAAAGAAGGAGGAGGAUGAAACACCGAGUGUCAAAAGUUCUACCCAAGGUAUCCAACAAUUUUCCAAUCUGAUCCUGCUAACAAACCAGCGUCUUCGUGUUGUCCCACGCAGUUUGUUGAACGGAAGCUGUAACGACCGCAAAAACAUCUGCUUCGGAUGUGCGUAAACCGACGUUGUCCCGUACUCCGGUGGCCAUCAAUCCAUGGGACAUAAACGGUGGCGCCGCACCCCGCCGUAUCUGCGGCUAGUCGGAGAGCAAUAGUCAAUCUUGAUCAUGAUGCUGCCUCGCACGCUGGCGUCGGCUCGAAAAGAUGGCUGGCAAAUUCCGGACCCGGAAGACAACGCCAAAAACUUCCGGCCAAGAUGCCGAGCCAAGAUGAAAGACCAACUGGAAGGCAACGCCAAAAACUACGUGGAGAUCGCGACACACAAGUAAAAUUAAUGAAUGUAUUUUAAAUCGAGUGAAAAAGUGAAAUUUACAAUAAAAAUACAUCUAAAAAAAAUAAAAAUAAAAGAAAUAUCUAUUUUUUACUGCAACAUAACCUAAAAACCCGAAAUGACAUCACACGACAAAGGCACGACAUCCUAAAUAACAAAACCGUGCGACGUCGGUCAAAUGUCGUACGACAAUGUCGUACAAUUUCGAUCAUCGAUCGCACGACAAAUACGACAUUUUGGUGCAAAAACGUAUGACAUUCGCGCGAAAGUCGCACGACAUUGUCGUGCGAUGUCGUACGAUUGCACGGACGACAAACGACGGACGUCCGACGAACUUUUC